AAUGGAAAGGAAAGCACACGCAUGGUUCACUUCAAACUAUCUGAUUUGGAUCAUCGAAAACGUGCCGCACGCGCUGCUAGCUGCUUCUCCCGGCCACGGCCACGAAAAAGCUCCCAAACAUUUCUCUAUCACCCAUUGAUCCUUCUUCUGCCUCCUUUUACUGCUCUUUAAUGGCGAUGAUUUAGACAAAUUUUACGUUUUCAGAGCUCAAAUCCUCAAAAUCCCCAACUUAUAUGCUCUCCUUUAAUCUCUUCUCUUUACAACGGAGCUGAACCAUGUCUUCGUUGACCCUAAAACCCUCCUUUCCCACCUCUAACUUAUCUUCUCCUUCUUCUUCCAUUUCUCUCAAUUUUCCUCGCUUCUCUGUAAUUAGCUUCCCGAGGAAGCCCAGAAAUGGCCUCGCCGUGAGACUCCGCGCCUACGACUCUUCCAAGAGCGAUAUGCCCGAUUUCUCCUCCGGCGAACCCAACCCUCCCAACGGUACUUUGCCAAAAACCCGAAGGGACAUUCUACUGGAAUAUGUUAAGAAUGUCCAACCAGAAUUCAUGGAAUUGUUUGUUCAGAGAGCACCAAAACAGGUUGUUGAUGCAAUGCGUCAAACAGUCACAAAUAUGAUUGGAACUCUACCUCCACAGUUUUUUGCAGUUACUGUCACCACAGUUGCUGAAAAUCUUGCACAGCUCAUGUACAGUGUAAUGAUGACUGGAUAUAUGUUUAAAAAUGCCCAAAAUCGCUUAGAACUGCAGCAAAGUUUAGAGCAGAUUGCUCUCCCAGAAGCAAAGGAUGAAAAGGAUGAUUCGAAUUAUGCAGCUGGUACGCAAAAGAAUGUCACAGGUGAAGUUAUCAGGUGGAAUAAUGUAUCUGGUCCUGAGAGAAUUGAUGCUAAAAGGUACAUAGAACUACUUGAAGCAGAGAUAGAGGAACUGAAUCAGCAAGUAGGAAGGAAAUCUGCAAAUGGGCCAAAUGAAUUGUUGGAAUAUCUCAAAUCCCUUGAACCCCAAAAUCUGAAGGAGUUGACAAGUAGCGCUGGUGAAGAUGCUGUAGUUGCAAUGAAUACAUUCAUAAAGCGCCUUUUAGCGGUUUCAGAUCCAAGUCAAGUGAAGACAAGUGUAACAGAGACCACAGCACCAGAGCUGGCGAAGCUUCUGUACUGGCUAAUGGUGGUUGGGUACGGCAUUCGCAACAUCGAAGUUCGGUUUGACAUGGAAAGAAUUCUGGGAAGUUCGCCGAAACUCGCAGAGCUUCCUCCUGGAGAAAUUGUGUAAGCCUGCAAGUGCAAGGUUGAGAAUUAAGCACAAGAAGGCCCGAGUAUGAUGUUUUAAUCUUCUUUCAGCUGGAAGCGAGCAAUCAUAGAAACCCGUUGACGACUAAACUGUGUUUGAAAGGAGGAAACGUUUACUUCGCCACUCUCUAUUUAACUUUUACAACGAUUUUAUAAACGUAAAAUAAUGAAAUUUGUUGGAGUAAGUUAUAAUAAGUUGGAGCAGACCUUAACGGUUCAUAAAAUUGUCAACUCAUUCUGACUUCUCCCUUCUCAUUCUUCUCCUCUUCACGCCCCAGAAAGUGCUUACGUUUGAUGCCGAAAGAAGAAGUCUGUUUUUGUUGACGUACCUAAGCAGCUAAUUCCAUCUUUGUUUACUCUUUCAA